AUGCACGUCCAAGGUACAGCAGCGCAGGAAAAGAAAUUUCAUCCAGAAGAAAUUUCCUCCAUGGUGCUCCUGAAGAUGAAGGAGACAGCAGAAGCUUACCUCGGCACGAAGCUCAACGAUGCCGUGGUUACAGUGCCGGCGUACUUCAACGACUCGCAGCGUCAGGCCACCAAGGAUGCGGGCACCAUCUCAGGAAUGAACGUGCUGCGUAUCAUCAACGAGCCAACUGCAGCAGCCAUUGCCUAUGGCCUGGACAAGAAGGGCUCCGGCGAAAGGAAUGUCCUCAUCUAUGACAUGGGUGGCGGUACCUUAGAUGUCUCGCUCUUGACCAUCGAGGAUGGCAUCUUCGAGGUGAAGGCCACUGCGGGCGAUACCCAUUUGGGCGGUGAGGACUUCGACAAUCGCGUGGUGGACUUCUGCAUCCAGGACUUCAA